AUGGAUGAGAUACGAAAACACAAACGAAACACACACAACACCGCCACUUUUAUGGUGGUUUGCGGCGACCUGGAAUGGGUAUCAUUAAAAUGUGAUAGCCAUCGAGCGGAGAUGGCGAUGCACAUGAGGGAAAUGGCAGAAGAACGAGAGAGAUGGAAAAGGUUCACCAUUACCAAAGAAGGCAUAUGCACAACGACCCCGACGUCGGCCUUGACUCCCGUAUUCGCCGACAAAAAACAACAACAGUGCUCCACUCACUUGGUGGCUCAACUGAUCGGAAGAACAACGUCACGGGUGGUGGUGUUUCGAUGGUUGGCGGCACCGGAGGUUGAAGGGAGGUAUAAGGGUGAGGCGUGA